AUGGCAGCUUGGAGCAAAGUUUGUGUUUUCCUCCUAACUUUGUGCGCUAUUUUCGAGCGCGGGAUCAAGGUGGCUGGCGCCAGGUCCAAGCAGCGGAGUUCGUUGAUCUGUCCUUCAAAGGAUAAUGGAAGGGCACCUGCAGGCUUCCGAUACGAAGAUUGUUCAUCAAUUGGCGGUGUGAAAGGGGAGCAUCCAAUUGACAGAGUCAGAAACUUCUGUUUCAACCAGUUUGUACAAGGUGACCAAGUUGCUGUGAAGUUUCAGUGGAGUCCAAGUCCACUGGGUAUUGAAUAUAUCAGAGGCUUCAAAAUAAUUCUUCAAGAAGCUAAGUCAGUUGGUGCUGGAAAAUCAUGUCAGGCAUUGGUUUUAGAAGAAGGAGAUCAACUCAAAUAUUUCAAUAAAACUCUUGUUUUGAAAUCUCACCCAUUUCGAAGUUUGAAGUUUAAAACACUAUAUAAUGUGACAAUUUUACCAUUUCCAAAUCUUCUGGAAGAAAAUAAUACUUUUCAGUUUGAGGUUGAAUGCUGGUCUCCAAAGAAUCUAGAUGUCAAUCAGCCAUACCUUUCUACAAAUGUAAAUGCUACUUUUGACUUGGCUCCAUCCAUAUUUGGAUUUAAAGCUUAUCACGUGCGCUGUAAGAUGAACCCUGGUUUCCAUAAGGACAAAAAUAUUUUUGUGGUGACGGAUUCCAGCAAUACCACUGGAAAACAAGUCAAUUUUACAGUGAGACCAGUGCAUUUCCCUUGGGCUGGUCCAAUUCGAGCAAUCGCCAUCACUGUACCACUGGUGAUUGUGUCUGCAAUUAUCACUCUCUUCACAGUUGUCUGCUGUAAGAAACAACAAAGUCCGGUAUAUUCGGAACUGGAUGAAGAGAAUUCAGAGUCAUCGCCGUCUCCACGGUCUAGGCCAAAGGUUUUCAUUUGUUAUUCUAGUAAAGACUGCCAGAAACACCUCAGUGUGGUUCAGUGCUUUGCAUUCUUCUUACAAGACUUCUGUGGCUGUGAGGUUGCAUUGGAUUUAUGGGAAAAACUGGAAAUCUGCAAGGAGGGGCAAAUGGACUGGCUCAGUCAACAGAUCAUGGAAUCCCAUUACAUCAUUGUUAUUUGCUCAAAGGGAAUGAAGUUCUUUGUUGAAAAGAAGCAACACAAACGUAAUGGCGGCUCUAGAGAUGGUGGGCAAGAGCUUUUUGUUGCCGCUGUUUCCAUGAUAGCGGAGAGACUUCGGCAAGCACGACUACAUUCAGGCAACCCCUCCAAAUUCAUAGCGGUCUACUUUGACUACUCCUGUGAAGCAGACAUUCCUGGCAUCCUAGACUUGGCAUGCAAAUACAAGCUGAUGGAUCAUUUCCCUCAGCUUUAUUCCCACUUACAUGCUCGAGACCACAGCCACCCAGAACAGGACACGUGUGUAGUGAACAUUCGUAAAAGCAACUACUUCAGAACGAAAUCUGGCCGUUCUCUAUACAUAGCCAUAUCUAAUAUGAAGCAACUUAUUGAGCAAGAGCCUAACUGGUUUGAGAAGCAGCUGGCGCCAGGCCUACCUCUACUCCCUCGUCACCAAGGGCCAAUUAGAGCUGAUUCUGGACUCGUUCUGAAUGAGGUAGUUUUUAAACAGCAGGUAACUGACCAUGACUUCCGUUUGAAAACUAUUACCGCCAUCACUCCAGUUAACACAGUGUCUUAUUCAAUAAUUCAGCAUUUGAGCACUGCUGAGGAUGCGGACAAUUCCGACCAUCAAGAUGUCGGUUCUUUGCUGAGACCUACACCACGGAUGGCGGCAGCUGUAAACCUCUCAGAAAUGCCCCGUGACUCUGGAAUAUAUGACUCUUCCAUUCCUUCGUCGGAACUCUCACUGCCUUUAAUGGAUGGUCUAUCUUCAGACCAAGCAGAAACUGGCUCCAUUGCAGACAGUGUCUCCUCAUCCUCGGGGUUAGGGGAAGAUGAUCCGCCUGCUCUCCCAACAAAGUCAACUGUAUCUGGACUGUGUAAGAUGGAAGCAGAAAGACAUGUACCUGGGGCAGUAACCCUAUAACAUUAUGUACCAUGGGGGAUGCAUUGCCACUUUACCUCUUCAAUUUUACAUCCACGAAUGAACCAUGCAUUGGCAACUAUUCAACCACAUCGUGAUCUUAAUGUACAAAAAAGAUGAGUCCUCUGUACAUUUAACUCACUAUACUGUUUUAAAAAAAAAUCUUACUGAUUUGCAUUGGAGAAAUAUUGAUUAAAUGCACCGUCCUUUCAGACUGAGUAGGAUUAAAGUUUGACUACAGAAUUUAAAAUAUCAUUGUGUUGUCUCAAAUGUGCUUUUAAAUGCAUAAUUGAUAUUUAAUUCUGUAUAUUGAUUUGGGCCAUCACUUAUCUUAAUAUAGUGAUCACUGUGAUCAAUGGAGAACCAUAUGUUUAACUGAAGGUUUUCAUUUGCCGCUAUUUAAACCUGUUUCGCAAGAUUAAUUAUGUGUCAAUUUAGGGAAUAAAACAAUGGCAAGUUUUAUAAAAUCUCAUUGAUCUGAUAAUGCCCAUAAGGUGGAGGCUAUAUUUAACAGCUAGGUUAAGAUCAGCAUUGGACAAAUACCUAUUUAUAGAUAAGGUAUGUUGCAGAUAAUUGCACUACUAUGCUUGCUGGGGAGGUGUAAUUGAAAUUUUAUUUGGAACAAUAAUUUAAAACAAAAACUGCCUUCAAUUGAUCUUCUGCUCAAAUCUAUAUUCUGAUUUGACAUUAAGAUUUAAUACAUUUUGAACUUCAUCCAGUUUUACAAUGUUUGAUGUGGUUUAUGGCUAAACAAUGAAGUUUAGAUUUUAACAAAUGUUUAUUGUAGAAUUUUAAGUUGAAUGAUUGUAAAUAGUUUUCAGAUGUGUAAUGUAUUAACUUCCAAAUCUAAUUAAAGGGGCAGUUCUUUGUAUGUGGAUGUUAACCAUUCAAAAAUUUGUUAGAAUAACUCCAACUGCAACACUAUUCUGCUGUUGUCUCCAAGUACAGUCCGCUUCCCAUUUUAAAUCCACUUUUCUGUGCACCAGGAGGUGGAAAUGGUAGCUUCAAUGGCAUUAAUACAAGGACUUGGAGUUUACUAAUGAAUCAGGGAGGGGGGGAAAUUCCCUUCUGUAAUAAUGAAAGUGCACAUUUUCAUUUUGAACCCCCACAUUUGAAAAAGGGGGAAUUCUGUACCAGAUUUAUCCCGUAACAAAAAUAGCUUUUUUUUUCUGUUUGCCUUGAAUAUUUGUUUUCCACAGGAAGUUAUAUUUUGUAAUUUCCCCCAAUUCAACCAAUUUCCCCCUGGGAUCAAUAAAGUAUGACUAUGACUAUAAUUGAUAUGUUCAUUAACAAAUGAAAUUCAUGAUGAUUUAUUCUAAAUUACCAUCUCUAGUUGUGGCAAUCAUUGUGACCACAAUGUUAUCUGGAUAAUGCAAUUUACAUUUUGUAAGAAUCACUACUUACAGUAUUUGGAGAUGCACUGUAUUUUACUUAAAGAGAUGCCUCUCUUAAUAGUUAAUGGUAUCAGUUUUGUGCAGUCUUUUUGCCUUUUUUGUCCAUAACCUGAAACCUGGGGUACAUUUGUGUGGAUACUGGGUACCUAUUCCAGCCGAAGCUAACCCACAUGGGCUCUUCCAGCAGUUAACACUACAAAGACACAAAGUGGUUACAAGAGUUGAGUGUUUCUUUUGUCUCCAAGGCCCAAGUCCUGUCCAUCAAGCUGCUUAAUACAAACUGGAGAGCAGAUCUAGUCCUAAAUACAGAGACUCCUUGAGAUAUUGCAAUGCCUUGUUUAUUAGAGAAAUGUCAUAACACUAUUUAAAUACAUUUUCAGCUAGUGACAUUUUUGAGGACCAAAGUUUAUUUUAGUGUAGGUCUGCAGUGAAUGUAGAAGAAACUUGUAGGAGCUGAGAUUUUUUUCCUCUUGAUUAUGUUGACAUUCUGAGGGAUGGGUUCACUACUAUAUUAGACAAAGUGCCUGAGACAUCAAUACGGUGAAGUAUCCUGUAGUGUUAAACAUCAUUUUGUUUUUUAGGAAUUAUGAACACUGCAUUGUCAUUGAUUCUAUAAGCUAAUAAGCCAAAAGUCUUGCUUUGUUAAUUUCCAUAUGGCAUUACUUAAUAUGCCCUCGUACUUAGUUUUGCAGACCAUCUUUGUGAUGUAAUUUUGGUUAUUAUAAAAAAACCUUGUAGAGUGCCUUUAUAAACUUAUAAUUACCUGAUGCAUUUUGUAUUUUAAGAGCUAUAAAUUAAGGUGAGUGAGAGAAUUCUCUUCCUUUUGUCUUA